AUGGAAGAUUUUUCCGGAUUGUUGGAUGGUAGUCUCAAAAUCUCCACAAUAGAUGCAACUAUGAUGUGGAUUGUGUACUAUGCCAUGGACAAAGCUCAUGGAAAAGUUAAGUCCAAAGAAGGUGUCAUCGAGCGCUUGAAUGAGAUAUCGAAAUUCUAUGAAUUCGCAGUAAUUCAACUAGAAGGGUGUAUAAAAUUUGUUCAAGAUGAGGCAGACAGCUACUGUGUUGAAAGCUGCCAUGAAAAGGUCCUUGCAGACUUGACAGAAACUAGAGACCGGCUUCUGGGGCGUCUGCAGGAAUCGGAGCUAGCCAUCUCGGAAAAGGAUAGAGAGUUGAUGGAAAGAUUAGAGAAUGAGUUGAAGCUUCGGCAAGCGUUGGAAAUAAAAGAAAGAGAAGUGGUUUCUUUGCACGCGAAACUUGAGCUUGAAAGAAAGAAGAGUGAGCAUAUGCCGGAAUUCAGUCGAAGCAGUCCCGUAAGUGGGGAUGAGGAUAGAGAUGGUGAAUUUUGUGAGUUGAGGAAUUCGGCAGAUCAACAGGUGUGCAAUAUAAAGCAAAAGCUUCAGACGGAUCCUAGGCUCGAUGAGGAAAGGAAUAGAGGUAUUGAUGACAAAAAGAUAGAGCAAAUGAGCCAUGACAUUAACUUCUUAAAAGAAACUUUAGAUCAGGCUUUUAGGAAAAUGCAGAAUGCCAUUUUCUUGUCCGAGUUGGGGCCACAAGAGCAGGAAUGGAGGUGGAAUCUUGAGAAAGAUGCAAUUUAUAUCUUGAUCAAAGGUUUUAUGAAGGAUUUUAAGGAUAAGUUUGAGGUGGAAAUGAGGAAGCAAGAGAAGCAAGUUCUUGUGGGAUUGAGUGAACAUUUAUCAGAUUUGAUGAAAGAGGUCACAUGCUUGCGGAAUGAGCUUCAGCAUCUUAUUAAUAAAAAUGAGGAUCACUCAAAAGCUAUCAGAGGAAAUGAGAACUUAGCAUCUCCAAACCGAAUCAAUCUUGAGUUCAAUUUUCCUCACAAGCCAGGAAGGUCUUUAUCUGAAGGUGAUAAUAUGCGGAAUGUGAAUAUGUUUUCCUCAAACGUUGAAGUAGUAGGACAAAAUAAGCAACCCGAAGAUGAACCAGAAGAAGAUGGCGUUCACUUAGUUGCUAAGAUGAUAAAGAAUCAUGAGUCUAUUAUCCGGAGAAAAGCUGAAGAGCUGAACCGGUUGAAGCGAGAAAGGUUCUGGGAAAGAGGGUGUUUAAAAGAAAAGGAUCCUGCUAGCUUGAAAAGAAGAAUCCAAGAAGUUGUUGAAAGAAUGGACAAUUUAAUCAAAUGGAAUUCUAGGCUGCUUGAAACUUUUGGAGAGAAUGGAAAUGAUCAGGGGAAGGAAACUUCUUCGGUAAAAAGGAUACCCAAGUCUGUUGCAGAAAAGGAAGAGAACUUGGGCAUUGACAGUUUGGAAGAUGUCUGGAAGAAAGUGAAUAAUGCUUCAGUUUCUCAUAAUGCAAAUAAAGAACUAGAAAAUGAGAUAACAAUUUUGAAAGAGGAAAAGGAAGAUGGAAAUUUGCUAACCAUGAUAAUGGAAGACACCAAUGCAAUUAUCUUCAAAGGUUUGGUAAGUGAUUUUCACACUCAAUUGCAGGCUUAUGACAUUGAGAGAGAUGAAAAUUUUUGCUCUGCUAUGGAGUCUGCAUUAGUACAUGUAAAAGAUGAAUGCACUUUAAGGGAGGAUGUAUGCGCUGUCUUCUUUCAAGAAAUGUGCAAUGAAUGGAAUGGGAUUAUAGUGAACUAUAGCACUGAAAACUUUCUCAGGGAAAAGAUUUCUUGGAUUGUCUUUGAUGAGACCAUCAGGGAUAUUGUGAACACUGCCAAUUACACAAUAAGGGAACUCCAAGAUGUCCAAGUUCCUGAGAAUUUUACAUAUGGCUCCUCAUCUUGCGAUGACUGGCAGGAAAAUACCGAAUGUUCGGUGAAGGAGAAUGAGUGGAAGAUGGAGGUUGAUUCUUGUGAUAUUGAACAUCUCAUUAGGGAGGAGAUACACCAAUUUGUUUUCGUUGAGGCUGUGAAAGGCGCUUGUCUAACUUUCGCAGACGCAGAAGCUAAGAAACAAGAGAAAACCCCUAUUGCCAAAAUUUCUGGAAGUGGAGAGGAGAGUUUGAUUGAAAAACUGGAUAUGUUACUGAAGUCUUUAGAAGAAGAGGAAGGGCUAUUGUCAAGUAAAAGUUCAGAAAUGAAGGACUACAAUGCGGAAGUCGACCUGGUGAAAUUGGAAACUGAAGAGCUUAAUGAAAAUGAGAUCUUUCAUGAAUUUUUGAAUGAGGAUGAAACUACUUUCACUUCAGUGAGAAGCAAACUUGAGCAAGCUCUAGAACAGUUAUCUACGAGUAAGACAAUAUUGAGUGAGAUGGAACCUAGUUUCGACGCAGAAGUUAGCGACCAAGAAAUUGUUCAUCAUGAGAUAAGUCCAACAGAUAUCAUAGAUGGGGGAAAGUCUUCCAGUUGCCAACAAAAAAUUAACCAAGAUAUUCUUAAAAUUCAAUAUGAUUCUGUUUUUACACCCAUACUGGGAUUUUCACAAGUAUUUGUGGAUUUUGAGCUCCAAGCACAUGAAAAAUUAGGGAACAAUGUUGUGAGGUUAGAAGAGAUGAAACAUCAAUUAGAUUCACUUGUUGAACUUGUCACCGCAAUACGAAAAAGGGAGUUGCUCUACAGGAAGGCUUUUGUCAUUAGAUGCCAGAAUCUCCAAAAGGCUGAAAAUGAGGUAGAUCUGCUCGGCGAUCAAGUGGAUGUACAAUUAGGGGUACUUGAGAAGAUUUACAUGACACUGCAUCAAUAUUCAACUGUGUUGCAACAAUAUUUUGAUAUUUUGGCUUUAAUAGGUACUACUCUGCAGGUCUCAGGAAUAUUGGAUUUGAUCCAGAAAGAACUAAUUGGAGCAGUUCAUACUUCCAGCAAGUGA